AUGGGGUGCUGUGACCCCGAGUUACUGCACCGGUCCUUCCACCACCUUCUGGAGGAACAAGCCAAUCUGAAGAGGACACUUCAGGAGCUACAGCAGCUGAAAAAGGAGCUCCUGAGUUCUCCAGAAGACAAGGUCUCAGUCCCACUGCCCAAGAUCCCCUUGGUAUUUCGAGGUCGCACUCAGCAAGGCAAGGAAGCACCCAAAGCAUUGUUUUCCAACCUUCGCAUCUCCUGCCCUCUGCCUGGAGGCUCUGCACUGGUCAUUUUUGAUGACCCUAAGGUGGCCCAGCAGGUUCUGCAACAAAAGGUGCAUAAGAUCGACAUGGAAGAGUGCUGGCUGAGGGUGCAGGUCCAGCCCUUAGAGCUGCCCAUGGUCACUACCAUCCAGAUGGCCAGUCAGAUCAGCCUCCGCAGUGUGCUGGUCAGUGGAUUUCCUGAGGGACUCCAGCUGAGUGAAGAGCAGCUGCUGGACAAGCUGGAGAUCUUCUUUGGCAGGGCCAGCAAUGGGGGUGGUGAGGUAGAGAUUCGGGAAGUGCUUCAAGGGGGUGUCAUGCUCAGCUUUGCCAAGGAUGAAGUGGCCCAGCGUCUGUGCCAGAUUGGAGAGUUCAGAGUGCCACUGGGCAAGCAGCAGUUCCUUCUAAGAGUCUCUCCUUACAUGAGUGGGGACAUCCAGAGAGCUGAGGUCUGUACUCGGCCAGUGCCCUGCUCAGUGGUGGUGUCCAACAUUCCUGACAUCCUGGAAGGCUCGGAGCUGCGUGAUGUUCUGGAGAUUCACUUCCAGAAGCCCACUCGUGGUGGCGGGGAGGUGGAGGCCUUGACUGUUGUGCCCCCUGGACAGCGGGGCCUGGCAAUCUUCACCUCAGAGUUAGGCUAG